AUGAAGUUCUGUAUUUGGGAUUGUAUGUUUCUCUACAAUCUCUCUGACUUAAUCCUCCGAGCAAGAUAUGAUACUUCACCACCUCAAUUACCUAAACGAGCUAGCGGGAUAGAAACUACGGAGAGUAGGCCAACCACUCCGCAAGGGCUCCUUGCCGGCUCUGCCCGUGGACAGCCAUCUGUUCUCUCCGCAUUCCGCCCAUAACCGCUUCGUCCUACCAUCGUACAACACCAUGGCCGACCUCUCCACUUUGUGUAGCCUCCAGCCUCCUUGAACGAGUUUCCGGAGUUUCCGUGGAGUUGGAGCUUAUCACUCACACCCUAUACAGCACGACAACCCACUCCAUAGCCCAUACAAGACCAAAAAUGACUUCUCUGAGGUCGUGGUUCAGUAUUCCUCGCGGAUCGCACUUUUCUCUUCAUAACAUUCCAUUUGGGAUCAUAUCCACGCCGUCAUCCCAGAGACCCCGAGUUGCAGUUGCAAUUGGAGACCAUGCUCUCGACCUUCAAGUCUUCGCUGCGAGCAACGGCUUCUCAGCAUGUUCAAUCAUUCAACCCCACCAGUCCGUCUUCUCAGAGCCAACCCUCAACGCCUUCGCAGCGCUUGGCCGGCCUAUGCACUCUGUUGUGCGCGAGUACAUUCAGAGCGUUUUCUCCAAGGACACCCCCUUCCCCGAUGUCCUCAGAAACAAUACCAAGCUUCAGAAGGAAGCCCUCUUGUCACUGAGCCAAGUGAAAAUGCACCUCCCCAUGAAAAUAGGAGACUACACCGACUUCUACGCUGGUCUGAACCAUGCAUACAACUGCGGCUGCUUGUUCAGGACUCCACAGACUGCCCUUCAGCCCAAUUACAAGCACAUGCCGGUAGGCUACCACGGCCGAGCGUCUUCGGUCGUGGUCUCAGGAACGCCUAUCCGGAGACCACACGGGCAGAUUCUGUUAGACCCGACCGCCGAGAAGAAAGUGCCUACGUUCUCUGCCUCCCGGAAGCUGGAUUUUGAGCUGGAACUGGGUGCGUUCAUAUGCAAAACCAACAAACAUGGAGAGCCGGUGCCGAUACAGGAAGCGGAGCAGAGCUUGUUCGGUGUUGUAUUGCUGAAUGACUGGUCAGCGAGGGAUAUCCAGUCGUGGGAAGCGGUUCCCCUUGGGCCAUUCAAUUCGAAGAACUUUGCUAGCUCGAUAAGUCCUUGGGUGGUGCUGGCGGAUGCGUUGGAGCCGUUUAAGACGAAGGCGAUGGAGAAUGACGCUGAGGUGCUUCCGUAUCUGAAAGAGACGAAUCCUAAGUCCGUAUACGAUAUUCAACUUCAAGUGGACUUGAAGACCACAGCACCCGAUGGCAAGUCAUCAACCAUUACGAAAACGAGCGGCAAACAUCUCCUCUGGUCGUUCCCUCAGAUGAUGGCGCACCACACUGUCAACGGCUGUCCCAUGCAAGUCGGAGACAUGCUCGGCUCCGGAACCAUCAGUGGAACAGAACCCUCGGAGUUUGGCAGCCUGCUUGAGCAGAGCCAGAACGGACGCGUUGCAGUAAAAAUUGCAGACGGCGAGGAGAGGAACUUCCUCGAGGAUGGUGAUGAAAUACGUAUUACGGGCGUGUGUGGCAGUGAUGAAGACGCGCUUGUUGGAUUUGGUCAGUGUGUGGGGAGGAUCGAGCCUGCAAUCAGUCUCUCCAUUGAUGGUUAG